GCUUAACGGUCCUGCUACCUUCUACCCCUCGUUCUACGCUGCUGGGGAAUCAUGUUUGGCGUCCAAGUUUCCCUGUUCCUGCAGUGGUGGUAUUUCCCCCUGUGUUCUUCGCGGACUUUUCUCUCUUCCAAUGGUUCUCACUUCCACUGUGGCGCUUACUAAUUCAUCUUUGAUUUUUCAUUUUUUUUAUAUAGAAAAGACAGGAUUGACUUCAAGUCGACUAAAGCCACGUUGGAUGUAUUUAAAAGUAUAAUAAUAAUUGUUUUUUAAAAUAUUUUUCAUUUUAAAAUAUAUUAAAAUAAUAUUUUUUUAAAAAAAUAAAUUUUCACAUUAACACGUAAAAAUAUUUUAAAAAAAUAAAUAAAAAAAUAAAAAAUAAUUUUUUAAAAAAUAGAAUUGAAACGUAUGACUGUCAAUAGUAACCAUGGACAAAUUGCAAAAGCAAUAAUUGAUUCCAUCAAUUCUCAACUCUACAAAAGGCUACUCCAGAACCCUUUUGCAUCUGAUCUCAGUAAAAACCUUCAAUUAAAUAGUUCAAAAAUGGCAGCUGAAUUUUCUGCAAAAUCUGCAUUUCUCCUCCUUGGCAUACUGCUAAAUCUGGCUUUCAAAACAAAAGCUGGAAGCAUAGUGAUUUAUUGGGGCCAAGACGGGAGGGAAGGCACACUCACAAGUACAUGUGCGUCACGAAAAUAUGGUAUUGUAAACAUAGCCUUCCUCUCGAUUUUUGGCAAUGGCCAAAAACCUCAAAUCAACUUAGCUGGUCACUGUGACCCGUCCUCAAAUGGUUGCCAAAAAGUGAGCAACGACAUCCGUAAUUGCCAAAACCAGGGCGUCAAAGUUAUGCUUUCCAUUGGUGGUGGAACUAGCGGCUACACCCUAACCUCUGAUGCUGAAGCUAGGGGUGUAGCAGAAUAUUUAUGGAACAACUUCCUCGGUGGACGUUCAAAUUCAAGGCCGCUAGGUGAUGCCAUUUUGGAUGGCAUAGAUUUUGACAUAGAGGGUGGAGAACUUCACUAUGUAGCUCUUGCCACUAGAUUGUCCGAGCUCAGCAGAGGAGGCAGGAAAGUGUACUUAACCGCGGCACCACAGUGUCCUUUCCCCGAUGAUUGGCUCGAUGAUGCACUUGCCACAGGACUUUUUGACUAUGUGUACAUCCAAUUUUACAACAAUCGACCAUGCGAGUAUAACACCAAUAACCCUAAGAAAUUUAAGGAUUCAUGGAACCAAUGGACGUCAUCUGUUCCAGCCCAGAAGUUCUUCGUUGGGCUUCCAGCUUCUCAACAGGCUGCGGGUAGUGGUUAUGUGGGAGCCAAUAUACUCAAAUCGCAAGUGUUGCCUUUUGUCAAGGGUUCUUCUAAGUAUGGAGGUGUCAUGCUUUGGAACAAGUACCACGAUGAUCGAAAUGGAUAUAGCUCCCAAAUAAGGGACAGUGUUUAAUUUCGAAGAGCCGGUCCUUGCACGUUAUGACACCUAAAAUCAAAGAGCAAUGCCUGAGUUUCCUCUCUAGGGGAGUCCUUAAUACUCUUUUUUUUUUGAAGUAUGAAAUAAAACGUUGCUCAUUACUCUUUGUUAUAUGAAAAUGAAUGAAAAGUAAGCUUUAUUAUUUAUA